AUGGCUGUCAAGACCAAGGCGCCUCCUUCUGAGGAACAGCAUGGUUACGAGUUCUUUGGCCCUCCUGGCGCCUUCGUUAUCUCCUUCUUCUUGCCCAUCCUCGUAUACGUCUUCAACUUCGUCUGCAACGACAUCUCUGGCUGCCCCGCGCCCUCGCUUCUUCACCCCAAGACCUUAUCACUCGACAACUUGAAACAAGAGGUCGGCUGGCCUCAGAAUGGAGUUGCUGGCUUGGUUAGCUGGGAGGGAACUGCUGCUGUUGUAGGCUACAAUGCGCUCUCUCUGAUCCUGUACCGUGUCUUGCCUGCGAUCGAAGUUGAGGGCACUGAGUUGAGCUCCGGCGGCCGACUCAACUACCGAUUCAACACCUUGUACUCUAGUACUUUCACCCUCGCUGUGCUCGCCGCUGGAACCAUUGCCCAAGGCGCCGAAUUCCCUGUCUGGACCUUCAUGUCGGAGCACUUCAUUCAGAUCCUGUCCGCAAACAUUAUCUACUCAUACCUCGUAUCUACCUUCGUCUAUGUUCGCAGCUUCAGCGUCAAGCCUGGAAACAAAGAGAACCGCGAGCUCGCUGCUGGAGGCCACUCGGGUAACAUGUUGUACGAUUGGUUCAUCGGCCGCGAACUCAACCCGCGCGUUAAGAUUCCUCUUAUCGGCGAGGUUGACCUCAAGGAGUUCUUGGAGCUUCGACCUGGAAUGAUGGGCUGGAUCAUUAUGAACUGCUCCUGGUGCGCCCAGCAGUAUCGCAACUAUGGUUAUGUGACCGAUAGUUCCAUCCUCAUCACCGCUGUCCAGGCCCUAUACGUCUUCGAUUCUUGGUGGAAUGAGCCCGCAAUUCUCACCACAAUGGAUAUCACUACCGACGGAUUCGGCAUGAUGCUGGCUUUCGGCGAUAUUGUCUGGGUGCCGUAUGUCUACUCCCUGCAGACACGUUACCUCUCGGUUCACCCCAUCUCGCUCGGCCCUCUCGGCCUUGCUGCGAUGCUGGGUCUUAUCGGUCUUGGCUUCUACAUCUUCCGCUCAGCCAACAACGAGAAGAACCGCUUCCGCACGAACCCCGACGACCCCAGAAUCUCUCACCUCAAGUACAUCCAGACCGAGAAGGGCAGCAAGCUGCUCACGACUGGCUGGUGGGGUAUUGCCCGACACAUCAACUACCUCGGCGAUUGGAUCCAGUCGUGGCCUUACUGUCUCCCUACCGGCCUUGCCGGUUAUCAGAUUCUGAGCGCCGGAGCUAACGUUGAGGGCGCGUACGUGAUGAGUGACGGUCGGGAAGUUAUCCAGGGCGAGGCCAAGGGCUGGGGCAUGCUCAUCACCUACUUUUACAUCGUGUACUUUGGCAUUCUUCUUGUUCACCGCGAACGCCGUGACGAUAACAAGUGCCACCGCAAGUACGGCAAGGACUGGGAGGAGUACCGCAAGAUUGUUCGAUCCCGAAUCAUUCCCGGCAUCUACUGA